GCGGUAAAAAAGAGAGCGAGAAGGAGAAGAAGCACGGGUUUUUUCGCGGAAAGGACCGCUCCGUCUCUUCGGAGCCAGAGACCAGAGUACCCGAAACAAAAACAGCUAUGUGCAAACGCACUGCACAAGUAAACUAACGAGAGACGGGCGCAAGCCGAGAAGGGAAAAUGGCCGCGGACCAGUCGGGCAGGCCCACUUUCCCCGUGUGGGUCGGCAGUCUGGACGAGAACGUGAGCGAGAAGCAGCUGUUCAGGAAAUUUUCUAAGUUCGGAAUCGUGUCCAGCGUCAAGAUCCAGCAAGACAGCGCCACUGGCAAGUCCAAAGGCUUCGGAUGGGUCAAUUUCAACUCGAGGGAGGCUGCGGAGCUCUCGGCUGCGAAAUUGGCGGGGGUUGCCUUCCACGGGAGUCAUAUCAAGACUCGGGGACCGGCAGAGUUGGAGAAGAAAGGGCUAUUCUCUCCACCAAAGGCUGACUUCAGACCUAUCACCGACUGCUCCUUCUUUGUGCAGGGGAAACGCUGCAAGAAAGGAGCCACGGUUAUAGCUACCUUCCUUACUCCCUUUGCAUAUCUCCUCCAAACUUUUGACCUUUUCCCCUUGAAUUCCUUUAUUUUCAUCCCCUUUCUCUGUUAUUUUUGGCCCUCUCCUUAUUUUUUCUUCCCCUCCCCUCUCCCAUCUCUCCUCAUAUUUUUCUCUCUCCCUCUCUCUUCCUGGUAUGAUAUAGUGCGAGUACCGCCACUCGGAGCUGGCUCUACAGACGGAGGAGGUGUGCAGCAGAUGGAGGGAGAAGAGGUGUAUGGACAAGAACUGUCCCCUCAGGCACCCAGGCAGGGAUAGAAAGAGCAACAGUAGUAGUACUGGGUCUCCUCCACCAGAACUGGCAGGAGGGCCCGUAGCUGGUGUCGUGGUGUGCGGUGGUAAAUGUGGGGACCCCUCCUGCUCCCUCUCCUUCUCCUCCCCCAUCACCCUCUCCCAUCAUAUUCAGCUUAGCCAGCUACUAUGUACUGGGUGUAACAUAGUCUGCUCGUCGCAUGCUGAGCUGCGAGAGCACAAGAAGAUGUGUCCUCGCACUCACAGAGAUUCAACCUCCACCCAAUCCGUCUCUAUAUCUGACGUGGAGGUUCUCACAGAUACCAGCGAGUCGCUCACCUCCGAUGACAAAGAAGAAGAACAAGAUGAAGAUAGGACCCACAAAAGGCUUUCCCCUGUCCCUAACAAACGAGGUGGUAAUAAUAAGCUCGCUAAGGCAGGGAGCAAGAAAGAUGUGGGUGGUGGGGGAAAGGGAGAGGAAGGCCGCGUGAAGAAGAGACAGAGACGCAAGAAAGGGGGUGUACCUGCUGUGAAAAGUACCGGAAAUCUCGGACAGACGGCUGCGACACAGAAAAAGUCGAGGAUGAGGAAUGCUUCGUCCGAAGCCGUUAGACUGGGGACCGGUAAUACUUCCCCUCACAACGACCCCAACUAUCCCUACCAUGACUAUACGUAUGGUGUGGGGGGAGGGGAAAUAUUGGGUCCCCAGCCGGCGGGGGUCUACUUUGGAGUUGGUGGCAGUGACUCGAGUGAUUCAUCCGACGAUGAGGACGACUUGGAGUACACGCCGGCUGAAAUGGCCCAACUUCUUAGUUUGAAUGAACUGGACAUGCAGCCUGGGAGUAGCGACAGUGAAGAGGAGGAAGAGGAGGGGGAGGAGGUGAGGGAGAACAAGAGGAGGAAUCGACGCGGGAAGGGAAACAACUCUUCCCCAGACCCUAACUCUCAAAUUGUGUCCUCUGUUCUCUCUCCGUCUCCUCGCCAGGCCCAGUCGCGGCACGCUGCCCACGCCCGUCAGCCCGAGCCGGUCGGCCUCUUCUGGGACAUCGAGAACUGCUCCGUGCCCACUAACAAGUCGGCGUUCACCGUGGCGACCAAGAUGCGGAGGGUGUUCUUUGAGGGGAAACGGGAGGCGGAGUUCAUGGUGGUGUGUGACAUCACCAAGGAGAGGAAAGACGUCAUCAACGCUUUGAACAAAGCUCAGGUGACUCUGGUCCAUGUCAAUGCGGUGGCGAAGAACGCGGCCGACGACAAGCUCCGCCAGAGUCUGCGGAGGUUUGCCCACACCUACCCGGCCCCCUCCACCGUCGUCCUGGUCUCCAGCGACGUCAACUUCUCCUCUGAGCUGAACGACCUCCGCCACGUGCAUAAACAUGACGAUUGUCCUCGUCCACAGCAAGUUCACCUCCGAUGCCCUCAAGGUGUUUGCCCAGCAACUGAUCAGCUACGAGCAGUUUCUGGAGGACGUGGAGGGACCCAAGGGACCUCAGCAAUCAUCCCUCCCUAACAUUCUCAUGGUCACAAACCUCCCCAAGCUUUCCCGCCCAAGAAGAUCUCGUCUCGCCUCGGGCAGCUCUCGGACAACUGUGGUGGGCGUGUCCUCGGAGUUGACCCCGCCUCCGGGACCGCACGCAUCCUCUUCCGCACUCACGACUGGCCGUCAAGUGAG